ACUCCUAGACUUCGAUAAUAUCUAUUCUCUUUCUUUCUCCUUCACGCCACUCUCUCCUUAAAAGCCAACCUUUUUCUCCAUCUCUUCUCUCUCUCUGUGUGGUGCUUGCUUUCAUCAAUGGCGACUCUAGAAGACAUAGGAGUCUCGGCCCUUAUAAACCUCUUCGGUGCCUUCUUGUUUCUGAUAGCAUUCGCUGUCCUAAGAAUCCAACCCAUCAACGACAGAGUCUACUUCCCCAAAUGGUAUCUCUCCGGAGACAGACACAGUCCCCGCCGCUCCGACGGAAACCUCGUCGGAAAGUUCGUCAACCUCAACUUCAAAACAUACUUCACUUUCCUCAAUUGGAUGCCUCAAGCCAUGAAAAUGAGUGAAUCCGAGAUCAUUCGUCACGCUGGUUUCGAUUCUGCUGUUUUCCUCAGGAUUUACACUCUCGGCUUGAAGAUCUUUGUACCAGCCAUGAUACUAGCACUCGCAGUUCUUGUUCCAGUGAAUGUAUCAAGCGGUACACUCUUCUUCUUGAAGAAGGAACUCGUUGUCAGCGACAUUGAUAAGCUCUCCAUUUCUAAUGUCCAGCCUGAAUCCUCCAAGUUCUUCUUCCACAUUGGAGUAGAGUACCUUUUCACGCUAUGGGCAUGUUUCAUGCUCUACAGAGAGUACAACACUGUUGCACUAAUGCGUCUCCAGUAUCUAGCUUCUCAGCGUAGGCGUCCUGAGCAGUUCACUGUAAGUGAAAGCUUCAGAGUUUUAACACUGAUGAGUGUUUUCUUAAUACAUUUGGAGUUUUUGUUUUUGCAGGUUGUUGUCAGAAACGUCCCUGACAUGCCUGGACACUCAGUUCCGGACACUGUGGAUCAGUUCUUUAAGACGAAUCACCCCGAGCAUUACCUCUGUCAUCAGGCAGUUUAUAACGCGAACAAGUACGCGAAGCUGGUGAAGCAAAGAGAGAGGCUGCAAGACUGGUAUGACUAUUAUGUGCUCAAGCAUCAACGCAAUCCUCAUAAGAAGAAGCCUACUUGCAGAACAGGGUUUCUUGGUCUAUGGGGUAAAAAAGUUGACUCCAUCGAGUACUACCAACAACAGAUCAAGGACUUUGACCACACUAUGGCUUUGGAGCGCCAAAAAGUUCUAAAAGACUCAAAACUGAUGCUUCCUGUCGCAUUCGUGUCGUUUGAUUCACGGUGGGGAGCUGCCGUUUGCGCACAGACGCAGCAGAGCAAGAAUCCAACGUUGUGGCUAACGAGCAGCGCUCCAGAGCCUCGUGAUAUCUAUUGGCAAAACCUUUCUAUACCUUUUAUCUCAUUGACCAUCAGAAAGCUCAUAAUCGGUGUGUCAGUCUUUGCAUUGGUCUUCUUCUACAUGAUCCCCAUCGCUUUCGUGCAAUCUCUUGCCAAUUUACAAGGUCUUGAUAGAGUUGCGCCUUUCCUCAGACCUGUCACUAGACUGGACUUUGUAAAGUCAUUCUUACAAGGUUUCCUACCUGGUCUUGCUCUGAAGAUUUUCUUGUGGAUCCUCCCGACAGUACUGCUGAUUAUGUCGAAGAUUGAGGGCUACAUUGCUUUAUCUACACUUGAGCGUAGAGCAGCAGCGAAGUACUAUUACUUCAUGUUAGUAAAUGUGUUCUUGGGAAGUAUCAUCGCCGGAACAGCGUUUGAGCAGCUUGACUCUUUCCUUCACCAGUCACCAACUCAGAUUCCUCGAACCAUUGGGGUCUCUAUACCGAUGAAGGCUACCUUCUUUAUAACGUACAUAAUGGUUGACGGGUGGGCUGGUAUCGCGGGUGAGAUACUCCGGUUAAAGCCACUCGUGAUCUUCCACUUGAAGAACAUGUUUAUUGUGAAGACGGACCGAGAUAGAGAGAGAGCAAUGGACCCUGGUUUUGUCGAUUUCAAGGAGACUCUCCCAUCUCUCCAGCUCUACUUCCUCUUGGGGAUUGUCUACGCCGUUGUCACUCCCAUUCUCCUUCCCUUCAUUUGUGUCUUCUUCGCUUUUGCUUACUUGGUCUAUCGCCAUCAGAUAAUCAAUGUGUACAACCAACAAUAUGAGAGCUGUGGAGCGUUCUGGCCGCACGUUCAUGGGAGGAUAAUAGCUAGCUUGUUGAUAUCUCAGCUUCUGCUUAUGGGACUUUUGACUUCUAAAAAGGCAGCAAACUCAACGCCUUUGCUUAUCAUCUUACCCAUUCUCACUCUUUCUUUCCACAAGUACUGCAAACACCGCUUCGAACCCGCCUUCGGAAAGUACCCACUCGAGGAUGCAAUGGCAAAAGACAAGCUGGAGAAGGAGACAGAACCGGAGUUGAACAUGAAAGCUGAUCUUGCGGACGCGUACUUACACCCGAUCUUCCUUUCAUUCGACGAAGAAUUAGAUGAAGAAGAUGAGAGGCACCAAAAAGAGACAACGGAGGUUAGAGUGGACAAACAUGAAACACAGUCGUCUAGUCCUGUGACCGAGCUCGGUACUCCUUCUCAUUACCAGCAACAUGAAGUCUACAAUCCCACGUCCCCUUCUUCGCAUUACGCUUCCGCUUAUGAGCAGUCAUCGUCUCAGUAUGAGUACCAUUACGAAACUCAUCGGUAUGAGGAGCAUGGUGGAUACCGUUACAACAACUGACAAACAAAAGGGUGUCUUAUAUGAGGCGUACUUGUAUAAGUAGUCGUUUAAAAUUUAAUUAAAUGGUUUAGGUUUUAUUGGUGGUGCUAGGAGAUUGGUGGUAUUAGUGUUGUUCCAAGAUUGAUUUAUUCGCAUCUUCUUUCAGUUUUUUUUUUGGUAAUUGUAAAACUUGGUUGAUAGUGCAUGUGAUGAAAACUAUGAAUAUUUAUUAGGAAAAUUGGAAAAAUAAGACACUUUAAACU